AUGAUCAUGUCCUUCCUAAUUGGAACUUCACAUGGGAAUCAACCAGCCCCAAGUGCUGUCAAGCGUAACAGGCAUCAGCGGGCGUCAGCAGGCGAACAGCUCAACGUCAACGGCCCCAUUCAUUCCCCUCUGUCAGGAACGCAGUUUGGGGGUGAUGAUGUCCCUCAGUUCUGCCUUACGAUCACGAAGUGGACGAACGACGGUCACGACGACGAUGACGAUGGACACGUUCGUGUGAAUGAUAGGUUCCUAGACCUGAGAGCAUCGGAUUGCCAAUCAUCACAUGGAGCAAUGAGAGUCGCAUUGGAGCGGGUAUCGAGAGAAAGUUCGAGGACUCUCUUCCCCUCUAGGCCCCUUCUUCUCCUCUGCCUCGUAAAGGGCUCCAUUGACCAAGGGAGAUUGAAGUCUUUUUCAAAGCACACUAGCCAGGUUACCCUCUACAUUCAUGUUUUGUUCGACGGCCGCAACGUGGCUGUAAUGGCGCGGCGGUGGGGAGAAGGAGAGGACAAGCAAGUAUCUGACGAUUGUGACGGUCUCCGCCCUGCCUGUUGUACUGGAAGGGGGGUAUCAUCGAGGAGUCAAAGAGUCAAGGAGGGGUUCUGGGCUUUGCAUCUUGUAUCGGUACAAGCUUGA